AUGUUUUAUCGAGAGGUCAUUAGACACGGCGCCAGAGGUCUGUGGAUCGUGGAUGAUCCAGACUGCGACCCUGAUAUCAUCAUUUACUAUGCUCAUGGCGGCGGGUUCUCCAUGGGUUCGACAUAUUUCUAUCUCGAGUUUCUCAUGGCCUGGGCAACUCGACUGAAAGAAAGUGGGUUCAAAAACCCUGCGGUGUUCGCUUUGGAAUAUACCCUCGUUCCGGAUGCGCAGUGGCCGGUCCAAUUUAAUGAGACGCGUGCUGGGUACACUUUUCUUCGAGACACGUUCGGGGAUGGUUCGGCAGCGAAGAUCUGCGUGAGUGGUGACUCGGCAGGGGCAACACUUAUCCUGAGCAUGCUCCUCCAGCCGGGCCAUCUUGAACAAGAUCCUCAAGUGCAGGCGCUACGUCGACCAGGUUUAGCUAUAUUGCUUUCGCCUUGGACUCAUCUGGUGUCCGAAUUGAACCGGAACACACCCAGUGAUUACCUGGAUCGAAAUAGCCUGCAUCUGUACGCAAAGCAGUAUGCGGGAGAGGCGACAAUGAGUGACGGUAUAAUAUCGCCAGGACUCUGUACCGGGCGCUGGAAACAGGCCUCACCACUGAAUGGGUUCCGGAUCAUCUACGGGGCUGAAGAGGUCUUUGCACCUGGGAUCCAAGCUAUGGCUGAGCACAUGAAGAAGAAUGGCGCUAUAGUCAAACUUCUUGAGCAAGAAGCAGGCAUUCAUGCCUGGCCUGUUGUGAAUUUGUUCCUUGGAGAGACUCGAGACGAGCGUCUGAAGGGGCUGGACAUCAUGACCGAGUUCAUUCAGUCCUCUAGCCUCGCCUCGAGUUUGUAA